ACAAUCGCGACACGACCACGCCGCGACUCUCCUCCUGUCACUCCUAUGGAUCUGCUAACAGUCCUACCUGGCUUCAAAACAAAACCAUACCAACACCUCCUCCCAGCACUCGAGCGAACAAAAAUCACCACCGUUGACUUGCUCACCAUCGAAUUCCUCGAAAUCGCGAAACGCGCCCAUGUACCCCCCGCAGACAUUCGGCGGCUCUGCGACCGCGUUGUCGAGGCCCUCCAUGCCGAUAUUGGCUUUGUCGAGCCCGAGCCAAUCAUAGGAGACUCAGACGGAGACGAUGAUGAAGAGGAAGAGCUGGAUUCCAGCAUACACCCGACUGGCCUAGUUCUUGGCCCUGCGACGAGUCGCACGGCGUCACAAUGGAAUAUGAUCAGCACCCUGGACCCCGCGAUGGAUGACCUGCUCGGUGGUGGGAUUCCGACGGGAUACAUGAUUGAAAUUACGGGUGAAAGUGGAAGCGGCAAGACCCAAUUCCUUAUGAGUCUUUGCCUAGCUGUCCAGCUCCCUAAGCCGUAUGGUCUACGGCGUCGCGCAUUAUACAUCUCGACCGAGCAUCCGUUGUCUACGCCACGGCUUUUUCAGCUCAUUGAAUGUCAUCCCAUUCUCUCAACCUUGCCCGCUGAGGAUGCACCGUCACUGGAAGAUAUCCUAUCCAUAAACGCCAUGGACUUGGAAACGCAAGAUCAUAUUCUGAGUUACCAGCUCCCUGUUGCAAUUCAGCGCUAUAAUAUCGGUCUAGUCAUUAUCGACUCGAUAACGUCAAACUAUCGCGCCGAGCACUCCUCCACCAAUGCCAUAGCCCUGGCAACACGCACCACCGAGCUCGCUAAGCUGGGCCAUAUGUUGCGUAACCUCGCUGUAGAUGAAGAUGUUGCGAUAGUAGUCGCAAACCAGGUAUCCGAUCGCUUCGAUAUGCCUGACGUACCGGACGAUCCAGAUACUGAUGAUGAGCCCGCGUCACAAGAGCCCGUGCCGAGCCAAACCGGAGAGGAUAUUGAAUUUCCUGAUCCUAUGUCUAAUGUUUCAAUGUCACAGCCUGCAAUGUCAGAGCCCUCGAUGGCCCAGCCGGCUAUGUCACAACCUCCAAUGCCUCAGCCUUCAAUGUCUCAACCAGUGACCAUGGACUUUGAAAAUACUCAGCAAGCACCUUCUGACUCCCAAGAUCCGCCUUCAUCAUCUGCCAUUUCUUCAUCUCAAUUCUACGGGGACCACGACGAAAAUACAUUUCAACAGAUGCACUGUGACACAGACCUCACGUUCAAACAAGCCACGAGUGUCCACCUCCAAGAACGAUACUUCACCGGCUGGGGCGAUGAUUUCUCACCCCAUGCAUCCCUAAAGAAUCCAGCCAUGGGAAUAUUCUGGUCAAGCCAGAUUGCCUGUCGCAUUGCACUGAAGAAAGAGGAAUCUGGGCACGAGAUUGGAGCAGAUGACGGUUCAUACCCGGCAUUCGCACCGGAAACAGAAGAAGCCGAACCAGAAAGUACAGAAGAAAAACCUAUCACAGCAUCUGAAUUUCUCAGAUCUUCCCAGAAUCAACCAGACAUCGAGCAAGUCGUCAAUCUGGCCGAAAUUCCCGCCCCAGAGUUCAGGGAUAGAGACAAAACAACCCCUGAUCACCAGCCUGGUUCACCGGAUGGAACAGCCCCAGACCCAGAUCCAUAUUCCCAGGAUCAAGAUCUCGACUACCCUCCCGAUCGUGUCACGCGGAGAACAAUGAAACUAGUCUUUGCGCCUUGGACAGGACCGACAGAGCACGAAGAAGACCUCUUACCGUCAACUCCACCAGGCAUAACCGAACCACCGGCCGGCGAGGUAGAUUUCGAGAUCUGGGCCGGGGGACUGAGGAGUGUCAAUUAUGAAUGA